GGUCUUGGCUUGCUAGUGAUGGACAGCACCUCUUCCCCUUCCCCUUUCUCUGCCAGCUGCCCCACGGAGCAGCCUGAGAACACCACUGACCAUGACUACUACUCCAGCCUCCAGAAGACCAUGCACAUCCUGUCCAUGGUGGUGUACAGCAUCGCCUGUUUGCUGGGAGUCACAGGGAACGGCCUCGUCAUUUGGAUUGCAGGCUUCAAGAUGAAGAAGACAGUGAAUUCCAUCUGGUUCCUCAACCUGGCCAUAGCUGACUUCAUCUUUACCUUUUUCCUGCCCCUCAGCAUCGCCUACACCGCCCUGGGCUUCCACUGGCCUUUUGGGAAGCUCCUGUGCAAGCUGAACAGCACCAUCGCCUUCCUCAACAUGUUUGCCAGCGUCUUCCUCCUGACGGUCAUCAGCAUUGACCGCUGCGUUUCCGUGGCCUUUCCCGUCUGGUCUCACAACCGCAGGAGCCCGGAGCUGGCAGCCAGGAUUGCACUGGGGACCUGGGUCCUGGCUGUCCUGCUCAGCUCCCCGUACCUCAUCUUUCGGGACACUGUGGUCAGUUCCAGGAAUGUCACCAGCUGUUACAAUAAUUUUGCGCUGUCCGAUGAUUACACGUCCGAGGCAACGCGCAGGCUGUGGAGGAUGCGGCACAAAGCCAUGAUCAUCACGAGAUUCUUAUGUGGGUUCCUCAUCCCCUUCAUGGUGAUUCUCAUCUGCUACAGCGUCGUGGCUGUCAAGCUGAAAAGAAGGCAGCUGGCCAACUCUGCAAAGCCCUACAGAAUCAUCAUUGCUGUCACAGUGUCGUUUUUCCUCUGUUAUUUCCCCUAUCAUGUCUUCUCCUUGCUGGAAAUAUCCAAAAACUCUUCCAGCCAUGAGAUGAAACUGGCCCUUUACAUAGGGAUCCCCUUGGUUUCCAGCCUUGCUUUCUUCAACAGCUGCAUCAACCCCAUCCUGUAUGUCUUUGUGGGGCCAGAUUUCAAGGAGAAGUUUCGCCAGUCCAUCCUGUCCACGUUUGAAGGGGCCUUCAGCGAGGAGUCAGUCCUGGGCAGCCUGACCAGCCGGCGCAAGUCCAGGUCUGCUUCGGAAGUAGAGGUCCCAAGGGUCUGAGCAGGUGCUGGUGUGGAAGGGGCCGUUCUUUUCUCUGCAAUUUCCCUCAUUUCAGAGCUCAAAUCAUGGGACUGGGGACAGUGAAGGGCUGCACUUGCUAGCAAGGUGUGGUUUUGUGUUUUGGAGGUAUCUCAAAUAUGCUAUGAUUUAACACAGUGGGAACGGAAGAACUCUCUGGAGCUGCAGCAAGGUGGGUCAAAGUAGCAGCAUUUUAAUCCUUGUGCUUUUUGACUCGUUUAUGGAGCCUUUAUAGAAAGAGGAUUAAAUGCAAUGGUUGUAUGUAUUUUUGUAGGGAAUGGAAUAGUGAGUAAGACACUCAUCUUUUCUCUCCUCAUGCAGGACAAAUCAGUGGUUGUGCUGCUGUUACUCAGAUUUGAU